UUUUUUGAUAUGUUUUUUUUUCCCAAUUGAAUCCGCAUUUGUGGAGAAUAAACGGACGGAGAGUAGCACGUGGAGAAUUAAUGGACACAAAGGCGCGAUAUACUUUCUUCACUUUCUGAACCAACUAGGUUCACAGCUGGUGAGUAUCAACUCUCAGUGAUCUCAUCAGAAUUGAGAAUGGCAGUUCUGAACUACAUUUCAGUGACCUCCACAGCGACACCCAUAUCUCCAGAUUCACCACCUUCACCUCCCAAUCCUAGACGGACCAAAGUCAUCCUCCCUAAGAAGAAGCCCCUUAAGUGGUCCACCGGUGUUGCCCCCGGCGAUUACGGUGGCCCGCCGAUGACUACGAAGCUUCGCAAGUACUGGGGUGGCGAGAAAGAUGACCCCUUAACUUCCGACGACUUCAUAUGGAACAGGGACUUCAUGAGUCGCAUGAAAAGAUUGAUUCAGGACCCUGACUCUUCCUCCCUGCAAACCCCUCCUCCAGAGGAGGAGCCUUCUGGUUUUCUCAGCUUACAUAGAGUCUCGAGCAUUGACAGUUUGGAGGUUGAUCUAAGCAAGGAACUUUCAGAACCCUCAAAGCUUGUGUUGAAACAGCAAAUGAAAUCACCUCAAAUCAGUGACAAAGUUUCAUCAAAAUGGAAAUUCGCACCAACACGACGUGAGCAAGAUAAGUGGGGUAGAGCAAGUAAGGCAGCAACUGGAGGCAGUGAUGUGAUGGUUCGGGAAUUAAGCCAGUCUCUAGUGGACCCGGAGGCAUUGGCUUCUCAGUCAAAGGAGCAGUAUUUUAAGUUGAAGAAAAAUUUGCAAAUCCUCACACUGGGUAUAGGUGGUGUUGGAAUAGCGUCAGCUUAUGUUUCUUAUUCUCCUGAAAUUGCAGCUAGCUAUGGUGCUGGAUUGCUUGGUUCCUUGGCGUACAUACGCAUGCUUGGGAGUAGUGUGGAUUCUCUUGCAGAUGGAGCUAAGGGGUUUGUCAAAGGAGCAGUUAUGCAGCCAAGGCUAUUGAUUCCUGUUGUGUUGGUCAUGAUCUUUAACCGGUGGAAUGGGAAGAGAGGAUUCCUUGGGAAAGUGGAAUGGAUUAGCUGUGGUAUCAGUAGGACAUUAUCUGUGUUAAAAGUGUUGAAUGGAACCAGGCAUUGUAGCCCCAAGGCUUGGCUGGCUGCAGCUGACAAUUUCCCAACCUUGAGCAGCUGCUACUCUCACAAGAACAAUCUUGUUGGACAGGACAAGUGAAAAAUAGUAACAUAUUUUAAAUUAUUAUUUUUUGUUUGAAAUUUUAUGGAUAAUUUUUUUUUAAUCUUAAUUUAAAUUCAUAUUUUUAUUUUAUUUAAUUUAAAUUAGAAAUUAUGUAUAAAAUGAAUGAUUUAAUUGUUAAUUUAAGAUAUUAAAGUAUUUUGUUAA